CAGACGAACAACAAAAAUGGAGUUAUGAACUAGUAGCAAGUUAGCUUCGUAAGGACGUUCAAUUUUAGUUUUGGUGUCGUUACUGUACUAUGAGUUGAUGUCUCCAGGUAAUUGAAGUGUCGUGAUGCGUUCACAUUGAAGCUAUACGUAGUUUAUGUUUUGUAGCGGUCGCAAGAAGCUGUCGAACGGGUAAACAAACCGGUUUCUACGGGUACGACAAAGACAACAAGGCUUAGUAGCUAGCAUUAGCUAGCUAGCUAAAACAGUAGCAUUUGCUCGUUUUCACUCCAGCAGGUUAACGGACGAAGAGCGGGACAGACAGAAAUGGAGAAGUCAGAUUUCCUGAAGGGGCUGCCUGUCUACAACAAAAACAACUUCAGCAGGUUCCAUGCAGACUCUGUAUGUAAAGCAUCAAACCGCCGACCAUCGGUGUAUCUUCCAACUCGGGAAUAUCCAUCAGAGCAGAUCAUUGUCACAGAGAAGACAAACAUCCUAUUGCGAUAUCUUCAUCAACAGUGGGACAAAAAGAAUGCAGCAAAAAAGCGAGAGCAGGAUCAAGGAGAGGGCGAGAACACGGCACCGCCGCGGAAAAUUGCCAGAACAGACAGCCGGGAGCUGAAUGACGACUCAUGAAUCGCUGUGCUGUUGCUGCACACCCAGCAGAGACUGACCUGUACAAACAAAAAAAAAUGCACACACAGAUGCAGAAUAUAGGCCUUGACACUGAAUCACACACGGAUCCAUACAUUUCACAUUUCACACCAGAACCGGCAUGACAUUAAUCCCAAAUAAAUACUGGUCUUAAUGUUUGCAUUUGACUUCAGAUUCCCUCAUUAACCAAAUACUUUAUUCCUCAAUUUACUACUUUCACCCAGUAUUUUUACUUCCAAGACACCUCUGCCUCAGAUUUCCGUAUUUGUAGUUUGAAAAUAACAUACAUCUACCUCCUUAUUCCUCAGCCCCUCUGCUUUUCCUUCACUUAUGCUCACAUUUUUAAAAAAAAAAAAAAUAUGCAGCUCCUAUGCUGCUAUUUAAGUGUUUAGUGCUGUUUAGAGCUGUUAUUCAAACCAUCUCUGAGAUAUGCAUGUUUUAAUUUAAGUGUUUAAUGCCAUCUUUUGUGGUUCCCACUCCAUUAAGAACUUUUAGUUUUGAAGUACGUAAUGACAGUGGUCCUAAAAAUGUUAUUUUUAGCUCAUCCUUUAUGUGAUUACUGUCAUUACAGUAACUGAAAAUAACACUGCAGUGUUGCUUAGAUUUAAUAAUCCAUUCAGGGUUUGCUGUUGUUGCAGGAAAAGUUGAGUGCUGAAAGAAAUGUUCUUUUGUUUCCUCCAGAUGAGAGAUGAUUUGUUGCCUUAAAUGGAAGCGAGUGUGUUUUCACUAUGUCUUAGAGUGACCCCUCGGUUUACAUUGUUGUUUCAGGUAAAGACAUGAACCACUGUUGAGUUGAGUGGAUAUUAGUAUGUCUGUGAAGAUAUAUUCAAGCCAAUACACUCAUACAAGAGAAUGAGAUGUGUUUUUGUACAGAGUGAUCUGCAGAUUUUGUAGCCAUAUUCUAAUUUUGAUGCUCGGCAGGUUGAGGUCACCACUUUAUGAGCAGCAUGUGUGUCUUUGGAAAUGCAAGAUUAGCGCAAUAUUUUGUGGAACAGGUGAUGACUACAGUUUUGAUUAAAUUUAUAAUGUAGCUGUACUGCUGUGUAGGCGACCUGUACGGACUGCUGUCAGUCACAUUUCUUCAAAAGCUUAAGCAAUAUUGUGGAAAUGUGUGUUUGGAUUCACAAGCUUGUGACAGCAGGGCUAAAUAACCAGCCUGUGUUUGCUGCUCAUAAAGUCGUUGACACUCCUCGUAAAGCUUCACAAGUCCUGUAUAUUUGUACAGUAUGUAUAUUGUGAUUGUUCUGACCCUUUUUAUCAGGUAACAAGACAGCGACUCGCUCUGUAAUGUCUCCCCCAGGUUAGCCAUAUUGUCAUCUGAUUUUGUUUAGCCAAUUUGUUCCUGAACCCUGGAGAGAUGCAAACCAGAGUUCAGUCAAUACAAACUAAAGCAUUUUGCUUAGUUUGCUUUGCACCUUUAGGAACCUCACAAAUUAUAUUUGCCACAUUUUCAAUAAUGUUUGGCACGACUCUCCGUUGAGUCUAUAAAUGUACAUUUUUGUUCUUUUGUUACAUGUUGCUGUUCAAAGAUUACAGAGUUUAUGUGCAGUCAGGCUGCUUAUCCAAGUAGAACAUGCACUGUAGGGUUCUUGAGUAUGACUAUAAAACAGAGACGUGCAGUUUUGUUUUCCCGGCUCUUCAUAGAAGAGUUCGCUAAUUCUACUUUUGUUAUAUGGUUUGUAUUUUGUCACCUAAUUAAGUUUGGAAUGUGUUUAUUGUCAAAUGCUUUGCUUUUGAGUUGUAUAAAUGUAUUGUCAAUUUCAGAUCUUGUUCUUGUAUAGAUUACACUAUGACAUACAGUAAAAGCUACAACUCCGA